AAUGAACUUCAAUACAAUCAAUUGUAACACUAGGGUUGGAUCGAUGAAUGUAGUCAAGCCCCCAUAGGACGCCGCUGGGCCACGUGACCAGAUGUGGAGUGAAGCAGGGAGCUGAAACUUCGUGGACAAGCCGCCGAGCUGCGGAGACGCUGAAUGAAAGAGCAGGAACAUGCCGCCCUCACCACCGGACUCGUUGGGCAACAAACCUCUGGAUGGCGGUUGGGGCUGGAUGGUUGUAUUCGGGGCUCACAUUUCCAUCGGGUUCGCCUACUCCACGCCCAAAGUCCUGGCCAUUUUCUACAAGGCAAUCCAAGAAGACUUAGGGGCCAGCUACAGUGAAAUAGCAUGGAUGUCAUCCAUCAUGCUGGCAGUCAUGUAUGCAGGCGGACCUGUAAGCAGUAUGUUGGUCAAACGCUUUGGAAGCCGACCAAUGGUGAUGCUGGGUGGACUGAUGUGUGGGGCCUCUUUGGUAACGGCUUCCUUUGGGAACUCCAUCGUUUACAUCUACUUUUUCAUCGGCGUCAUUGGAGGUUGUGGACUUUCCUUGAAUCUGAAUGCAUCCCUCACCAUCAUCAGCAAAUAUUUCUUGGCCAGACGUCCUCUAGCCAACGGACUGGCGAUGGCCGGGAGUCCGGUGUUUCUUUGUUUAGUGGCUCCUCUAAACCAAUAUUUGCUGGAUAGGUUUGGCUGGAGAGGAAGUCUGCUCAUCCUCGGGGCUCUGAUGCUUAAUUGUUGCGUUGCCGGGGCCCUGAUGAGACCAGUUCUUCUGCCCAGUAAGACAAACUCUUGUACAUCACAGACGAUGCUGGAAGAAGAGCCAAACAAGUGCAGCACUAAGGUACAGGGAGGCUGCAUGAAGGAGGCUAAGAACUUUUUGAAUUUGUCUUUAUUCAAGGAUCGAGGCUUCGUCUUUUACCUCAUAGGAAACAUGAUGUUCAUCUUCGGUGCCUAUGCGCCCAUCGUGUUCCUGCCGGACUAUGCCAUGGAACAGGGUGUAGACAAGUACUCUGCGGCCUAUCUGCUAUCUAUAAUGGGCUUUGUGGACAUGUUUGUUCGUCCUGGCACCGGCCUGUUGGCCAACAGCAAGUGGAUCAGGCCCAGAAUCCAGUACUUCUUCAGUUUUGCCAUGAUUUUCAACGGUACUUGCCACUUACUGUGCCCGCUGCUGAAUUCCCAUGCCUUCCUGAUAGGAUACACAGUGUUUUUCGGCAUUGGUUUUGGCAUGGUCUUCGCCCUCAUAUUUGAAUGCCUGAUGGACCUGAUGGGAAGUCAGCGCUUCCCCAGUGCUGUUGGAAUGGUCACCAUCAUCGAGUGCUUCCCCAUGCUACUGGGACCACCUACUGCAGGUUUACUGAGGGACAUCUGCGGCGACUACAAGUACCUUUUCUUCAUGUGCGGCUCGGUGAUCGUGGCCGGCGGACUCUUUCUCUUUGUGACAAACAUCUACAACUACCACAUGCUAGAUAAAGAGAAGACGGAAAAGGACAGGGAGCAGAAGGAAAACCCCUCAGAGAACCAGGAGCAGGUUAGCCUCUCAGAGGCACAGAUAUAACGUACACCUGAGAUAUUGAUGGAAAGAACUUAGACCUCUACUGAAGAGGUGAAUCCACAGAAAACCACCAAAUUAAAUAUAUGCCCCUUGUUCAACCUGGAUUCUAGGGGGUCAUAAGUGUAGUGUUACUGGAGUGGACAGGUCCACACUGUACCAUUUUGUUUUCUCUAAGUGAGGAAAUACAACAUUUGUGCUGCCAAUAGAGGACCAAUAAAAUCAUGUGUAGCGGUAGCUCCCAGAGGCCUUUGGGCUGUAUAGUGAAUUUUUUAUUAUAUCAAAACUUCGUAGACCAGUAAAAAUGAAAAGGCAAAAAAUCAUCCCCCCACACAACAUUCAGUACUUCUGAAACUGAUCGAGCCAACCACAACCAUUUAUCUAAACGUGGCAAGUUUGAUACAAAGAGUGACACAAGCAUUUACGCUAACAAAGAGAUGGCUACUACUGUUGAAUCCACUAGAGACAUUAUUCAACAAACAACAACAAAAGAACAACAACUAAUGUGCGUAGUCUGUUUACGUAUUUUUAUUACUCUGUCACACGUUUUUUACUCUGAUUGAAUGUAGGUCUGAUCCGCCACCAGUGAUAACACCCCUUGAAAAUCUAAGCGAACUGGUCUGGCAAUGCCCAAAUAGCGUAGUCAUUACUGUUGGCGUAACAUUUCUUGCUGGUCUGGUUUCUCUAGGAGUGUCAUUGGCAACUCUUCAUCGAUUGUUUUAUCUUAGAAAUUAAUCCACUCACCAGUAUUAACUAAAUCAGGUGCAAGUUCUGCAAGAAGCUCACUUUCAAUGGAGUCUAAAUCUAGAUACUUUUAAAAUGAAUCUUGGAAACUCUUUAUAAAGUCUACCUGAAACUGAAAGAAUGAAUUAUAAACAUUUUUGAAGGAUUCUGUUUCUUAAACUGAUUUUAGUCAUUUUAUGUUUUUUAUUUUUAUAGACAAUCAUCCUAUCAUAACUCAUUCAGCUGUAUGAAAAAGCAGUUAGAACAGUUUGGGUGAUCGUUUUUAGCAGCAAAUAUGACCACAUUACAAUAGUUAUUUAGAAAACAUAAGAAGAUAAUGUCCCUGUUCAUACUUUUGGCCAAAUAUAAAGAUUGAGGGCAGGUCUAUAUGUCCUCCCACUGUUCAAAACUGAAGCAAAGCAACCACGGAUAAUGAUGAACACCUGAGCAAACAUCACAGUGGUAAGAAAUACCCAAACUGACAGAAACCAUGUUUGAGAGAAAUUUUACAUGUUCUUGAACUUUUUUGUUUGGUUUAUGUCCAAUCUGCUAACAUGGAGGAGUCUUGGUUUAAAGCCUAUUCUAACCACCAGGGGGAGAAAAUGUGUUUUGGGUUGACUUUUUGAUUGUCAUGUCGUCCGUCUUUGUAUACAGUCAUUGGCUCAUAUACAAAAAUUGCUUAAUUUACGUUUAGAACCUACCUCCAUGUCCACAGGCUGGUGAGGGAUGAUGAGAACAGCUGACUGUAGACAUGUUUUUUCUUGGGAAGUUCUUGACUUGACAGUGAUAAGGUCCUUUUUUUUCCAAUGUAAAAAGUACUGUCUCACUGUCUCGGCUGAGUGAACCAUCCACCUCCAUUUGUUUGUUUGCACCUUAGAGGUCAUUUGAAGGAAAAGCAGUGUGGGCAGAGGACACACUGCCUCUUUCUUACCACUGCUCUUUAUUGCUACCACUGGAUUGUGUAUGUGCUGUAUUCCUUUGGCUUCACUGUAUUACAUUGAAUGACUGUGGCUUAUAAAGGCAGCUAGCCUCAAUAUGUGAGGGUAAAUCUGAGUUAAUGAAAUGCAGGAGUUGUUCUGUCACAGGGUCAUGAGCGCACACGUCUGCUUUUGUUUCCUGUUAUUCUUCACUGUUUGUAUCUAAAUAAUCGUAUCCCUUUAUAAAAAUAUGAGAGCGUGCAUUUUAUGUUCCUCUUGCUUUUCCUUUUUAGUUGGUCAAACAGCUUUUAUCUGAACAUAAAAGUUCUGCUCCCACAGAAAAAAUGCUGUACACGAACCUCCUGAAAUGUCUUGUUUGCAUUUUUUACUUUUUUUUUCAUAAAGCGUCUGCGUCAUCAUAAGAUUUCCACCUCCAGGCAGUUUUCACUCUGAUAUAGAUGUUACAAAGUUCUUAUGUUACAUGUGAAAUAUAAGGGCUACAAAAUACAAACUGUGAAAUGUCCUGCUCAAGUUUUGUUUGGUCUAUCAGCUGGUUCACGUGAACCGACAUUGCUACAGUAUUAAGCUUUUUAGGAGGAAGGCCCAGAACUAAGAUCUGUCUCAGACAGAGGGAGAUGCAUGAACCAGUCAAUGGUCAGAAUGUGGGCACUUUAACGGUUCGGGUGGUAACUUCAUGGGACUGGCACCAGAUCUUUUGUACUUGGAAGUGUACCUUAUAAAAUCAGCAAUACAUUUUGUUCAUGAAAUUCUUUACCUGCCAUUAAAGACAGAUGUUUUUCCUU